UUCACAUAAGUUUCAUCAAAACCGGUGUGUCGCGGUUCGAUAUGUUUCCUUGUGAGAUUCGAAUCAAGACUUUUUCAGAUACCCAAGAUUAAAAAUUGUAAACUGUGCCACCUGAAAGCUUAUCUAUCCACGUGCGGAUAUUUUUAACUGAAUUCCUCGAUUUACGUGUAUCACAAUUAUGAACUCCCGAUAAAUAAUUAUCUACCAUGACAAGAAAUCACAGGACUCGACGUGGACUCUUUGAAUGAUCAGGUGUGCAUCUGAAGUGUUUCAAAACGGCGAUUACGACAUCACGUUUUUUGAUCGCUAUUCGAUUAGAUAGCACGGGCCAAUAAAUACGUUGGUGGAAUUCGGAAUCAGUCACAGUUGUCAGCAUCCGAAACAGCGACAUCCACAUCAGCAAAAUGGCUUACCUUACUUACGCAUUCAUCCUGGUAGCGUUCUUCGUUGCCGACUCCAUGCAAUCGAACUUCCAGACUUGCUCUGGUCAACCUGCACCUAAGAGCGUGGUUAUCUCAGGAUGUAAUUCUCUUCCUUGCAACUUCAAGAGGGGAACCAAUGUCGAAGCACGCAUCACCUUCGGAGUCACGCAGAACACGAAAUCCCUGAAACCCGAUGUGGACGUUGAGCUGGGCAAAAUCCACGUGAAAUAUCCCCUGCCACAACAGAACGCUUGCAUGGAUUUGGAAAGCUCAAGAUGCCCAUUGGAAAAGGGCGAAGUUGCUGUCUACAAACUUAAGAUGCCCAUUGAGAAGAGCUACCCUAAAGUUUCUUUGACGAUCCAACUUUCUCUGCUUGACGAACGAUCGCAGUCCCAGGCGUGUAUCAGAAUCCCUGCUAAAGUUGUCGACUAAGCUGUACAAAGGACCACUUCGAUUGGCGACAUGACAUUCAUUGUAUAACGUAUAAUUGUUUCAUAAAGCAUUAAAUUUUAUUGACCGGUU